AUGAAACAAUUUUCUUUUUCUUUUCCAGUUUCGGCUCACCUAUUAUUUAAUAUAAUCGAAUCUGUAGAAUACACCAGUGCCAAAAAAACUAUUAUCAUCCCAUGCUUAGCCACUAAUGUGGAGACAGAGAGCCUUAGAGAAAUGUUUGUAAAGUGGAAAUUCAGAGAUAAAUUCAUUUUCUACUAUGAUGGAUAUGAAAAUGAAUCCACUCCCAUCAGUGAAUUUUCAAGUGCACACAUCAUACCAGACAAACUACUAGCAGGCAAUGCCUCUUUGAUAAUGGACCAGAGACAAGCUUCCCCAGGAACAUACACUUGCGAAGUAACAGAGUUUCUGGGAUCUGGGGAAGUCUCCACCCAAAAAAAAUUCAGAAUAUUUAAAGAUCCACUAUUAUUUACUAAAAUCAAAUCUGUAGAAUAUACCAAAAAAAAUAAAACUGUUCUCAUCCCAUGUUUAUUCACUAAUUCGGUGGCAAAGAGCCUGAAAGAAAUGUUUGUAAAGUGGAAGCUCAGAGACAAAUAUAUUUUCAACUAUGAUGGAGAGAAAAACAAAUCCACACCCACCAGUGAAUUUUCAAGUGCACACAUUGUACCAGGUGCACUAUUAACAGGCAGUGCCUCUUUGGUGAUGGACAAGAGCCAAGCUGUGAUAGGAAUAUACACUUAUGAAGUAUCAGAAUCAACUAAAGAAGGCAAAACCACAAUAGAGCUAAAAUAUUGUAUUGCUUUAAGAUAA